AUGGUAAAAAACAAAAAGGACAGAACUACAACUGAAAAAACUGAAGACAAUGUAAGUUAUUGUAUAAUUCACAAUUUGUUAACUACUUCACACCCAUAACUUUUUUAAUUAAAUUUUUAAAAUCUUUAUAUUGUUGUCUGCUUUAAGGAAAACGAUGAUAUUUCAAUCACCGAUGACAUCAGAGGCGCUGAAUAUUACCAUGGAUUAGUCCCAAGGACAGAUAUCGAGCCAUUACUCAAGAAGGAAGGCGACUUUUUGCUACGAAAAACUGAACACAAUCCAGGUAGGUUGUCGACUGAGGAAAACACUUGUCACCAGGCAGUUGAAGAAAUUUGAAGUUUUUUUUGCCGUUUUAAAAAGCGUUACAAUGUUGUAGGAGAGAUUGUGUUGGCACUGUCAGUACGUCACGAUGGGCAUAUCCGUCACUUUAUGAUCAACCAAGACGAUGACCACACCUUCUACCUCGAGAACCACAGAGAAAAGACUGUAGCCGAGCUGAUCAACUGGCAUCGUUCCACCAGAACCCCUCUUUCUAGUUCUACCCCAGCCAAACUCCGUCGACCGGUCGAACGUCCUGCUUGGCUUCUGAAUCACGACUCCAUCAAACUGUCCAAGAAGCUGGGAGAAGGUGCCUUUGGUGAAGUAUACCUAGCGGAAUACACAAGUGCUGGCGACAGAAUGGAAGUGGCCGUGAAGACGAUGAGAGAAGAAGCUACACGUGACGCUAGACUCAAGUUUAUGAAGGAAGCUCGUCUGAUGCGCAAGUUCCAGCACAAGAAUGUAGUUCGGAUCAUGGGAGUGGCUGUACAUGAACAUCCUCUCAUGUUGAUCAUGGAGUUGUGCCCAGGAGGGUCAGUGCUGACCUACCUACGCAAAAACCGUGGCAAUGUUGAUCAGAAGACGAAGCUACGAUUCGUGAGUGAAGCAGCAGAAGGACUGUACUUCUUGGAGCGACAAAAGUGCAUUCAUAGAGAUAUCGCGGCCAGAAACUGUUUGUUGUCGGCCAAAUUGGACCUCAAAGUGGCCGACUUCGGAAUGAGUGACGACAGGUGCUACAUGCAUGAUGACAAGCUGGAUAAAGUGCCCGUGAAGUGGCUGGCUCCAGAGACGAUGCAGAACAAAAUCUACUCUAACAAAACUGAUGUGUGGUGAGUAUUUCGGGUCAAAUUUUAAUUUUUUUUUAAAUUUUAAGUUUGCAACUCAUAGCUUACUAUAAUAUAAAUAAGGUUUUGCUUUUUAGGUCAUUCUCCAUUCUGGUGUACGAGAUCUACUCUGACGGUGCAGAACCCUACGCCGGGAUGACAAACAUUCAAACUCGAGCCAAGAUUGUGGUCACCGACUAUCGUAUGGAAAUGCCGAAGGAUUGUCCGCCGAAGAUGGUAGCAUUAGUUACAUUGUGUUGGAGUAAGGAUCCCAACAAACGACCCGACUUUGGAAAAAUCACCAAGAUGCUCAAAGAGAUCAAAGUCUAG